ACCUUUUUUGUACUGGAAAAAAUAGUGCGACGUCGUAGUUUGCCUUGAUGCACAGUGCCAAAUGUAUAGGAAAGUCGUGUUAAUAGUCGAUGUGUGUUUAGCAGAUGAUAGAAGAGAUGAGUUGAUUCCAUCCGUAUUGAAAUUCAUCGGAAAGGGGCAGGGCGGCGAAAUCACAUCUUUUCGCACUCGUUCAGUCGUGCUGCGUAUUAGUUUUGAGCCUGAUGUACUAAGAUAUCGGCUACGUUUAAGUAAUCGGGUGCAAUCUGAAACAUAAGGCGCCAAACAUUUAAAGUAUUAAGUUGCAAGGAGAGGUUAACUUUGUGUUCCGAUCAGCGGAUAGACCUAUCCAUAGUUCGUAUUGCACUACAGGAUUACGGUUACUGAGCUGCAGGAGUUAUGGUUAGUUUUGAGAUGCAGUGGCCGUCAUUUGGUAGUGACAGAUCAGUUUUGCAUAUUCACAGGGACAGAUGAAUAAACCUGAAGUGGCAUGCCAGUAUCUGUUGAAACUGUUUUACUUCCUGCCACUGCUGAUGACACUCUUCAGCAGUAUGUCAGGAUAACACUAGUCGUGGAACUACCACCAGGAUAUCCAGAUACUGAACCAGUAGUGCAUCUGCGAAACCCGAGAGGUUUGGAUGACUCUGUGCUAAUGAAGAUUGAGGAAGAGACUAAAAAGAAAUGUGAAGAUUAUCGUGGACAACCUGUCAUUUAUGAGCUUAUUGAGCUAGUGAAGGAACAUCUGACAGCAAGCAAUCUUCCAUCUUGCCAGUGUGUUAUAUGCUUGUAUGGAUUUCGCGAGGGUGACCACUUUACAAAGACACAAUGCUUCCACUAUUUUCAUUCACAUUGCCUGGCAUGUCUUGUGACAACUACCGAGAAAAAUUUUCAUGAAGAACAAGAGAAAUUACCAGCCUGGCAGAAGCAACAAAGUGGUACCUUUCAGGUGUUGUGCCCAGUGUGCCGAGAACCAAUCACAUAUGACAUGGACCUGCUUUCUUCUGCCCCACCUCCUAUGGAUGUAGAAAAUGCGAGGCAAUUUGAAUUGAGUGACGAUCUUCGUAGCCUACAGCAGCAGAUGGCAUCACUAUUUAGUUAUCAGAAACAGCGAGGUGGAAUUAUUGAUCCAGAAGCUGAAGAAUCAAAACUUGUUUUGGUGACAGAAACACCAGAGAGUGAGGACACUGCUGGAUCCAGUAUACCACAACAACCACUCCCACGGUUAGCCCCUGUUGUGCCACCAGGGAGUAGGGAUUGGAGGAGGGGCCAGGGUAUGCGGAGCAGGGCUGCCUUUAGGGGACGCAGAGGCUCUUCACGUGGUAAACCACCUCAACAGGCUGCUACAUCUAGAUGACGUUGGCUGAUUAAAGGAAGCAGCAUAAAUAAAAUAAAUGGAAAGAGAAAAAGAGCACAUGGACAGCUUUAAAUGAUCACUUUUUCACACAGGAGCUCAGGAGAUAUAAGUUCCUUGUUGUUCUGUAUGUGUUUCUCCUGUAUUACAAUGCUGAGAUUAUUUAUAUGAGCUUAUUUUACACUGAUUUGUACAUAGAUGUAUUUAUGUUUCUUGUUUGUAUAGAAAAUUUGCAAUGUAGAACCCAAACUUCAAAUUUUUGUUCUUUGAACAUGAGGCAGCUAAAUUAUUAUUAUAAUUAUAAAUAAUACUCUUUGUAUGAUAUUAAACAUAUGUGUUUACUUUGUGAAAUAAAUUGUGAAUUGCUAAUGUGUUAUAACAAAGUUGGUCAGUGUGCAUUUAGUAAGUCUGCAUGCUUUUGUGACCAUUGUCAUAGAAGAUUUUACCUUCAGUGUGUGUCUGUCCUUUCUUCUUCUGGGUCUCAUAACCACUCCCUCAAAGAGAUAAAUUUGACUGUAUGUUAUAUGGCCUGCUCUUCAGGUUUCCUUAGUUUGUUAUUUAGAAGCAUGUGAUUAUUUCUGUGAAUUAUGUGUGGACCUAAGUGAGGUCUCUAGAGAUUACUAUAGGCGGAGCACAUUGAAUUACCAAGAAAUCAUGCAUUUGGUGUGUUGAGGAUUACAUUUCAUUUUUUAUUUUAUUCUCCAGCAAUUCAAAAUUUUGCACCUUUAUUUUGUUGAAGUUGGUCUACUGUAAAUUAAAAUUUAAAAGG